ACAGAACCCAUUGUGGUGUUGGAGAGGAGUGAGCUGCAGACAGAAGAAGAGCCAGAAAGAGGCAAUACUGUGACCACAAAGGACGCGUGAUCUGCGGACAGAUAUGGACCGUAAUGCACCGCAACAUGUGUGAAGAGCACCGUGUUUUCCAUGCAGAAAGACCCGGUACAGGGAAGAGUUAAACCCCGACAUCACAACUGUUUAUUCCUGCAGCUAGCUGGUUAGCAACCCAGGAGCUAGACAUGGAAAACCCGUGUGAGUUUUCCUGAUAGACAUCUCCGUCGAGCUGUUUUUCUCUUUGCAUAAUGUCUGCGAGAAGCUGCAACUUCAGAGAAUGAUUUCCAGGGAGCGAUAAGCUUUACAGGACUGCACACCCGGAGAGGAAAGAAAAGUCAUACAGGCCUGCUGGCUGGAGGUUGCACACAAGUACCAGGAAGGGAGAACAUGACUCACUUGCCUCUGCCAGAGAUUGGCACGGGGCAGCUGUGCCAACCUCGCCCCUGUCUGCCGAUCUAGAAGAUAACGUGCUACAUCAUGACGGAGAGGCAUUGAAGUUAUCUCCCUGACGUCUGAAAACCUCCCCUCCCCCAUCAUGCUGCGCUUCUUGCCCCUCAAAGUUGGCCGCCUGUACCGCUGUCUGAAGCUCUUACUGGUCGUGGGGUUGUUUGUCAUCCUGUUGAUGAACACCCACAGCCUGUUCGCCUCCUUCCAGAAGAACGAGCUCACCGACAGACGCUUCAUCAACCUCAACAAGUGUCCUGCCUGCUUUGGCACGAGCUGGUGCCGCAAGUUCAUGAACGGCCAGGUGUCCUUCGAAACUUGGGGUCGCCUGCGAUUCCUGGACGUUUUCAAUGUGAAGAAUGUUUAUUUCGCUCAGUACGGGGAGCCCAGGGAGGGAACUCGACGAGUGGUGCUCAAACGGCUCGGGUCAAAUCAAGAACUCGCCGAGAUAGACCAGAAAAUCUGCAAGAGAGCGACGGGGCGACCGCGCUGUGAUCUGAUCCAGGCCAUGUACAAGACUGAGUUCGCCCGGAUCAACGGAGAUGUGCGCCUGCUCACUCCUGAGGUGGUGGAGGGCUGGUCAGACCUGGUGCACUGCCCCUCUCAGAGGCUGCUGGACAGGGUGGUCCGCAGGUACGCUGAGACCAAAGACUCAGGCAGCUUCCUGCUAAAGAACCUCAAAGACACGGAGAGAAUGCAGCUGCUCAUAACCUUGGCAUUCAACCCCGAGCCGCUCGUACUGCAGAGCUUCCCCUCAGACGAAGGGUGGCCGUUCGCCAAGUACCUGGGAGCGUGUGGGCGCAUGGUGGCUGUCAACUACGUGGGCGAGGAGCUGUGGAGCUUCUACAACGCGCCCUGGGAGAAGAGGGUAGACUUGGCGCGUCAGCUCAUGGACAUCGCCGAGCAGCUCACCAACAACGUUGAGUUCGCCCUCUACCUGCUCGACGUCAGCUUCGAUAACUUCGCGGUCGGCCCACGCGACGGGAAGGUCAUCGUCGUCGACGCGGAGAACGUUCUGGUGGCAGACAAAAGGCUGAUCAAGCAGAAUAAGCCGGAGAACUUCGACGUGUGGUACGAGAGUCGCUUCGAGGAGUGCGACCGCGAGGCCUGCCUGUCCUUCUCCAAAGACUCGCUCUGCACCCGGGUCACCGUGGACCACAACUACUACGCCGUGUGCCAGAACCUGCUGUCGCGCUACGCCACGUGGCGGGGCACCACAGGGGGUCUCCUCCACGACCCCCCCGCCCACAUAGCCAAAGACGGACAGCUGGAGAGCCUGUUGGACGAGUGCACACGACCCAAAAAGCGAUACGGACGCUUCCAGGCGGCCAAAGAGCUGCGGGAAUACCUCACCCAGCUGGCCGCCUCGUCCUCCUCCGUCACCGCCAGGUAAUGAACGUAGUCGGCGUUCGCCCCCAGAGAGACUGUGCUCUUCAUCUCCGAACUCUCACGCUCCUGGUUCUCCUACAUGAUGUCAUUCGCUCCCCUUUGUGCAGUCAGAGGGUCUUGCAUCAGGAAGUGUAAGAAUCCAAACAUGAAAAGCAGAUUUAAGUUUAGCUUUCACCUGACUGUGGUGAAAAGGAGUGUGGCCUCUUCAGAACCAGGGCAGAGAGGGGGGUGAGGCGACCUCUCCUCUCCCAGGGUGGGCUGCCAUCCGUGGGGUGGGGAAAAGGGGCUCUGGUACUCGCACUACAUUGGACUCGAGCUACCGCAAACCAGAGUAUCCUAGCAACAAGGGCAGCGACGUCGCACAGACCACAUCCCCCCCCCUGAACUGCUGUUUUAUAACAUUGAAUCUGUUUUAUUUCGCACCCAGGACCUCUCUUUAUUUCAUUCAGGGCUGAGUUUAAGCAUACUGGUGCGUCACAUUUCUGCUGUGCCAUGGCUUUUUCUCUCGCUGUAGCAUGGCUGCAGGGAAGGCGGAGCAGCAUGAAUCUCCUGCUGUCAGGUCGAGAGGAGAGGCAGGGGGUCGGGAUGGGGGGGGGGGGGGGUUGGUUUUUUCAUGCGGGAGCAAAAGAAAACCCUUGACAGCUAUAGAAGUCUAAUUUCCUGCUACUCCAAUCAAUCACUUGAUUUCCAGGUUCCAGUUGGCAAUCAUCUUUUUGAGUGUUUUUUUUGUUCCUUUCCAAUAGGAAGAGUGAGACAGCUGCACAUAGGAAAAGGAAGGGAAAUAUUGGACAGUGGUCCCUUGAUGCAGAUGUGCCUAUACCAAAGAGGCUAUAUGUAAUAUUAAGAACCUGAGCAGUACAGUGACAGCACCUCUCCCUCCAGUUGUUCCCCAGUAGAGCUGUCCAAAGCAAUGUGUACACAAUCCUAUAAAAGAUGGCAGGCUGAUUUCAAAGACGUCCCAUAAUAACCCCCUCUGCUUUUGUUGACCUCCCAUAUAAUAAACUAAUGUUUCUUUCUGCUAAAAAAAACAUCUCGACUUAAUGAAAGAGGGAAAUGAAGUGAUUCUUAAGAGGUCCAGAAAACACAAUAACAGCAAAGCAGCGGGCCUCGAGUGUCGAGUUCUCCUUAAAUGUGUUUAAUUGAUAAAUGAAUCCCACUGUCAAACGCCUCCCGCUGGUGUUGAGCGCACUAACCUCCAUCAAGUCAAUGUUCAAAAAGGGAUCCCAAAUUUGCGCUUUUAAAAUGUUGCAGCCCAGAAAUCUCUUGUUUAAUAUUUAAACGCUCAGCACCACUUAGCGGUUUUUGGUUGUUUUUACACUCAGCGGACCAACGAAUUAAAUCACAAAUACAGGCUUGUUUGGUAAUGGAGUAUGAGAGGUCUUAACUCCCGUAAAGAAAAACCCCUCUUCGGCUCUGUGUGUUAUGUAUUUCAUCUGUUUUAGAUGUUGUGAAUCAGGCCCAGUGGAGUUGUGUGUAGCUCGGUCAACAGAUAAUCAAGUAACUAUGAGCCACUCCAUGUUCGGGGGAAACUGGAAAGCACAGCAGUUGCUUUUUUUGUAAUGUGCGAGACCCUGGGAGCUGACGUUAAACUUGUCAAUGAGGAAAAGCAAUAAAGACAAGUUUGGCUAAUGGAUUUCUGGUUUUGAACCCCCCCCCCCUCGCCCUCCUUUUGUUGUGUCAGAAAUAUUUCCUCUGAAUGGAGGACCUGGAGGGAUUUGUACGUGCGUAACUAACUGUCCACUUUUGUACUGUAAUUUCUUUGUUUUCUUUGAGUAUUAUAUCAGCAUUGUCUGAUUUUUUCCUGUGCCUUUCAUUCAAAAGUUGUAUUGACAACUUUUAGUGGGUUUAAAUAUUAAAAUAAAUGAAGAUAUAUAUAUAUAGAUAU